GCAGUAUACUUGUGAAAUUUUUCUUUUGGAAAGAACCAUGAAUUCAAGAAUGUUAAGUUGUUGUAGUAGCAGCUUAGCCAUGACGAUGGUUCUGCUUACAUGUCACUUGAUUGUGUUAAAAGCUGAAUUGCAAGUUGGGUUUUACAGUUUCUCGUGUCCCUUGGCUGAGUUCAUUAUCAAGGAUGAGGUCCAGAAAUCGUUCCUUUUUGAUAACGGAGUGGCUGCCGGUCUUCUCCGCCUGCAUUUCCAUGACUGCUUUGUUAGGGGGUGUGAUGGGUCAGUGCUCAUAGAUUCCACUCUAUUCAACCUAGCAGAAAAGGAUUCUCCACCAAAUAAUCCAAGCCUGAGAGGAUUCGAGGUCAUUGACAGAGUAAAAGCUAGGCUGGAAUCCGUAUGCAAAGGAGUUGUGUCAUGUGCUGAUAUAUUGGCUUUUGCAGCCAGGGAUAGCGUGGAGAUGACUGGAGGGCUUACCUAUGAUGUUCCUGCUGGAAGAAGAGAUGGACGUACUUCUUCCUCUUUAGAGGCCCUUCUCAAUUUGCCACCACCUUCAUCUACCCUCGAUCAGCUUACUUUACGCUUUGCUCUCAAGGGAUUUACGCAAGAAGAAAUGGUUACACUCUCGGGAGCUCACACCCUCGGGCGGGCGCAUUGCAGCUCUUUCAGUAACAGGCUAUACAAUUUCAACCUAACAACGAAACAAGACCCCACCCUGGAUCCCUUAUAUGCAGCGCUGCUAAAACUGCAGUGUCCAAAAGGGGACAACAGCCCUAACCGGGUGGCGUCAAUGGACCCUUGGUCUCCAGCCAAAACUGAUGUUAGCUACUACUCAAACCUACUGGCCAACCGAGGCCUCUUCACUUCAGAUCAAGCUCUGCUUACAAGUCCAUUCACAGCAUUCCUAGUCAGCCAGAAUGCUCAGAACGAUUUUCUUUGGAAAAUGAAAUUUGCUGCGGCAAUGGUGAAGAUGGGCAAAAUCGAUGUCUUGACAGGUUUUGCCGGAGAGGUUCGAUCCAAUUGCAGAGUCAUUAAUUAAUUAAUUAAUUAUUAUCUAUGAUCGUGAUCGAGCACUAUAUAUCUAUCUUCCAGGGAUUAAUAUAAUAUAAUGCAUGUCAGCAUGUGGAUUCAAUAAGACAAAAAUAAUGGACUAGACUACACUUCCAAUGUGUGUGUCAUAUGAACCAAUGUUGAAUAUUUUUUUUUGGCUGGAUGGGCAGUUUCAUAUUA